UUAUAUUAGUGUACGAUUUUCUUGCUUUGAUAAAUAGAAUUCUUAUUUACAGGAUUAAAGAAUUUUGUAUUUCUGAUUUUUUACGAUCAAUCAAUCGACAUUACGCCUUCUUCGGAUAAAUAAAUUUUUCGUCGUGAAGAUCAUGUAUAGAUUCACGGUGUCUGCACCGGGCACGGUGAUUUUAUGUGGAGAACGUAAACAAACAUGCGUAGCAGCCAGCUUAGACAUGCGUACCGUACUUAAAUUCUCUUCAUUUCCUACAAAUGUAGUUCGACAAGAUUUUAUGGAAAUAAAAAUUUCCAGUAUCGGAUUACGCAUGAAGAUACCUUUACGCAUAUUUCUUUUACAUUUUUAUGGUAUAAAUUACUGUGAAGCACUUGAUGAUUUUAAGUUGUUUGAAUCAGUGAAAAGUUUUACUACAUUUUUGUCGGGCUUUUCCGGCAAUUAUGAUCCCAACAAUCACGCACAUCGGUUAAGCGUACAAGCUUUUAUUUUUCUUCUCGUUCUCAUUAGCUACAAAAAUGGCAUUGUUAUAAAAUCAUCUUUCGUUGUGGACGUUAUAUCGGAAUUAGCGUUUGGUGAGGAUCUAGGUUGUUCGGCCUCGUUUGUGGUAUGUUUAGCGGCAUGUUUUUGGCGUUGGUAUCUCCUGCAGCAAGGAACGGUCCGCUACAUAUUUAAUGCUGAAGAUUUUUCAUAUAUCAUGAAAUAUGCUUACUCGUGUGAACAGAUUGUAUACAAUUCCUGCAAUCUAAUCAACAUCGCAAUAUCUACGGGUGGCAAGAUAAGAGUAUUUAAGGGGGCUUUGGAAAUGGCAAACAUUUUCUUUGGCGAGCGGAGCAUGAAAAUCCUGCUGGUCUUUUCGAAUAUUAUCGAGACAAGCAUGAAAAUAAAAGAGUGUUUAUCUUCUAUCGCUGAUUUCAUUCUACAUACUCUCGAAAUUUUGUCGAACAAAUUUAUUGAAACCCUUAAGAGAAUUGAUGAUGUUAUUGACUUACAACAACGGAAUGUCAAUGUUGAAAGUAAUUCGGAUUGUCUCAUAAACUAUUAUAAUGAUUUAGUGAAUCUCAUUAACAUUAAUGAGGGACUACUAAGAGCAUUAGGCACAUCACCUUCAAGCCCAGUCCUAGACAUUAUUUGCGCAUAUGCUAAGAAUUAUUCACUUGGAGGAAAAAUUGCCACCAGCGGAAGUAGAUACGCAUUCAUUUUGUUGCUACCAAAUACCUCAGAUGAAUUAAUUCAACAUCUGAUGGGAAUAUUUGAGUCGCAUGGUUUCCUUGCUAAGAUAACCAGUUUGAAUUGUAGCGGAAAUAUUAUUCAUGUGAAUCAAGAACUGCUAAAAGCAUUAGGUCGCAUUCAAAUUCGGACAUUAUUUGCGCAAUUGAUCAAAAUUUUUUAUUCGCUGGGAAGAUUGCUAGUGAAGGUGAUUUCAUUUCGAAUAGCACAAAUGGAAACAUUUAAGGUCGCGACAUUCGAGACGCAAAUUACUGUGCUAAGAUCGCCAGUUUUGAAUUACAACGGAUUGAGAAUUGAAUAUGUUGGAAUCAGUAACUGAUUCGUAAUAUCAAUAAUUAAAUUUAAACAAUGAAUAAUUCAUGUUAAGAACGCAUGUUAUGAAAAAAAAAUUGAAUUUUAUAUAAGAAUUCUGUACGCGCGCGUUAACGGAUUAAAUAUGUCAGUUUUA